AUUUUCGAUUUCCAUAGGCAAGUUCAACCCAUUACAAUAUAUAUAUAUAUAAAUAUAUAUAACCUCUUAACCCCAAAAAACAAUAUAGGGGGAAACUAAACUUAAUGAAGUGAAUUUGAAUCUUUGUUAAACAGUCUUACCUGUGAUAGUAAUUUGUAAGGAAAAAUGGAUAGUCCAAAUUACCUUUCGGAUGAUAAUGGAACAGACGCAGAAGACAUCAUUAGAAGAGAGGUGCCCGUGACUCUGGCAAUGUCAAGUAUGAACAGCGGAGGAGGGCAUCAUCACCAGUUCCAGCAGCAACAGCAGCAGCAACACCAGCCCCAGCAUCACCAACCACAGCAUCACCAAGCACAGCAUCAGCAGCAGCAUCAGGCCGUCCAUAUCCAUGCCCAUGCCCAUGCCAGAGGCCCUUCAUCAAUGAUGUGUGCCACACCCACCCAACCUCACCACACACACCACCUCAACACUAGCCAUGUGCAGACGUCUCCACACCAGAUGAGUGGUGCCAGUGGCGGCACAUACGGCAAUGUUCCACGCCUCCAUCACUGCAAUGUGCACUCCUUCCUUUGUUCCAAUCCACCUCUCCAUCAUCAGUACCAGGUCAACUUCCAGAUGAACGGAGGAUGCCUUGGGCCCCAGCACCACUACGCGCCUAUGGUGCCCCCAGGGCAUCAUGCGGCUGGCCCUCUGCUGGCCCCACCUGGAACCCCCCAGCUGAUGGCUGCCACACCUCAGCCCCCUCAUACUCACACCUCCCUGUACAGCCAAGCCCCCAUGGGAGUGGCUCCUCCUCAGGCCGUACCCACCCAACUCACUGCUGUUCCUGGACAGCUGUCGGCCGCACCACAGAGUCUGGGAGUGGGAGUACCCCCCCAGUUACCCCCACAGCACCACCACCAUGCCCACCAACAACCAACGCCUCCUCUGGUUACCCCCUUCCCUGCUCAUACUCACCUGCAUCAACUUCAUCAUUUACAUGCCAGCAGCGGGAGUGGCGGAGGAGCACGGGGAGCAAGUGUUGACAUGUUGGGCCGCGGCCUUUACCGAGGACCAGGACAAGGCCAUGUCCUGGGCCGAAUGAGAGGACCACGAGGAAGCAGUGGAAGCAGUUUGGGAAGCACCAGACGCAGUAGUUCCAGCUGGCGAGGGAAUACCAUGCCCCCAGCCGCCCCCCCACCUCCACCCCCUCCUCCACUUCCCAGUGCUGCUGCUGCGGCGGCUACUUACCCUGGCAUUCUCUUACAUUUCUUGGCAAUGUUGUCGCAUCCAUCACUACACCAAUACAGUAUGGUAGACCCAGUGCCAGCAGAAGCCCCCGACACGGAGAACUAUGAGGCUUUACUACAUCUGGCAGAGAGGCUGGGUGAGGCCAAACCCAGAGGCCUUUUGAAAACAGUGAUUGACCAACUCCCGUCCUAUAGGUAUACAGGGGAGAAGUCUGACACUAAACAAACCACAUGUGUGAUUUGCAUGUGUGACUUCGAGCUUCGGCAGAUGUUACGAGUAUUACCGUGUCUCCAUGAGUUCCACACCAAAUGUGUCGACAAGUGGCUCAAGGAGGGUGGCGUGCCUUGUGCCGUGUACCACUGCUGGCUGCUUGCAUGCUUGCAGUAUCAUGAUGAUGGCCUUUUUGGUGCCUGCAGUCUAACCGGACUUGUCCUAUUUGCCGUGGAGAUGCCAGCGAAUUUCUUAAAGAGGCCACCAGUGCUGAGUGAAGCAGGAUGAAAAUAAAGAGAAACAAAAAACAGAGAGAAAGAUAGUUAGAAAAAGAAACAGAAAAUCCAACUACAUCGGAAAAACUACAGAAAACACACAAAGAGGAAGAGGACGUGCUGAGUAACGGUGAGUCUCAGUCCAUCGUGGAGUUGCUUGCUUCACAGAUCCAUCCCCAAGCAGCAGGAGGCAUAUAUGCAGUGGGUGCCUGGUUGCCAGAAGGAGGCUUGCCAUGGCCCAGUGCCUCCAGGAAGAGAAUUUUUUCUCAACUCCAUUCUUGCACUUAAGAGAGAGGUAUAUACCGGGAGCUUCAUCAAAGGAGAUUAAAAAUGCCUGGCUAUCAGGAAUCUUUUAUCAAAAGAAAUCAUAAAAAAAGAGUUAAAAAAUCUAUGCACAUCUUUUGGAGGUAUGAAUGUGGGCACAGAAUGAGAGAGAGAGAGUUACCAGCAUUACUACAGGUGUUUGGAUACUGUAUUUUAAGAUUAUAAGUCUGAGGGAGAGAGAAAGAACGAAAAAAAUACAAGGAGAGUUUUGUUGUUUAAGGCCAAUUCAAGUUGCACUUCAAGAGUACUGCGGUGGAGGAUUUUAGGCUAACUGCAAGGGUGUGAAGAAGCUAGUACGCUUUCGAGCAAUUAAAAAAAAAACGACUCCCAAACAUUCACUUUAAUGCCAGUCUCUACUGAGUUGAAAAUUCCCCUCCCCCCCCAAAGCCAGAUGCGCGCACACGUGGUAACGUCGAUGCGCGCAUCUCCGAUUGUUGAGAGGACAGUCGUUAGCGUUCCCUUGUUGUUCUGUCCGAGGCUUUGUUCGUCUAGGGCUCCGCGGGAGUUUCUGUUGUUAGCUGUCCAUUUUCUGUGUUUGCCUUCAUGUGAAGAGGCUGUGUCUGCAACAUUAGUCCUUGACCCAUGGUGUCUUAGAUUUUGCCAGGGAGUUUUUUCUCAUUUUUGUGUUGUGCAUGAAAACAUAAUGGAUAUAAUGUUUUUUCUUAGACCCAUAUUGUUGUGCUAUGCAGUAUAUAAUAAUCCCUCUUGAUGAGGCUUAUUUCUUACUGGCAGAGAAAGUAGGAUAACGUGUGAUAUUGUGGUCAAAAAGCUUAAUCAACUCCAAGAAAACAGGCGAAAACAAAAUAAAAAAUAACAAAAAAAUAUACUUAUAUAUAUAAAGAUGCAAGCAAUUCUGUUGUCGUUAUCCAGUUUGGCAUAUGUGGAACACCACUGUAACUUGACUGCAUGUUUAUUCAGCAUUAGAUUUUCAGGAUUGAUGUUCAUAGCUUGAAAUUUGAAGUUCAUGCUCAGAAAUCGUUACUGAUCAGUGUCGUAAAUCUAAGUGGUUUCUUGGAUAAUCCUAAUACCUAUAGUAUGUUGCUGAAUACUUAGUGAUGGUUCAUCGACAAUGUUAUCACCAGUACGUCCAGUAGGAUAGUUUUGACCAGUAGUGAUAAAACUCCCCAUAAUGUGUCCAGAGCUAUCUAGUACCUCCCUACAAUGUAUUUAUUUUAGAGGAAUAAAUACAAGUUUUUCCAAUGGAUUUGUCCCUUUAAAGUUACAAUUGAAACACAAGUUUUAAACAGUCACCCCAGUUGAUUUCAAGUAAAAGGAAAUAAAGUUUUUUUGUUUUUUUUUUAUGGAAAGCACUGGCUGUUUUCCGUAGGUCUGCAGUUGGUUUAGAAUUAUCCCGUGUGUGUACGAUCACACAAUCUUUAGAAACCACUUGAGACUCAGUGAAAAUUGUUUUUAUUUUGAAUCAGAUUGGAAAUACCAUGUGUUAUCUCAUUAUACCUUGGACUUUGGACUGCUGGCUUUAUUGCUGGGAUGGAUAAUCACAAAUAUAGUUAAAGCUUCUUUUUGUUUUCUUUCUCUCCUCUUUUUCUUUUCUGCUUUAUACGAAAGUUCCAGUUUUUGAUUAGGUAUAGGGUUCAGUAUGGCUUUUUUUACUUUCAUUUUAAUGUGAUAUCAAAGCUAUUGUUGUUGUUACUUUUUUCUCUUCACUUGUGCUAAGGUAGUGAAGAAUUUCACUAAAGUAUUUUUCUCUCAGCAUGUAAUGUAGUGUACAUUUUGAGUACUUCUGUCCAGCCUUACCUUGUACCAGUCGUUUGUCCAAUUCGUCAGUGCAACGUACCUCACAGCUGAAAUUCUUGGGUCACGACCUUUCUUCCGUACUCUGACCAUCAUUGUUUCCUUUGUCUACGGUGUUCAUUUAGGGAGGCUAAGUAGUUACAUAUCCAAGGUGUUUCACAUCUGAAAUCAAGUUUUUUAUAGGAAGAUGUAAGAUAUUCAGGCAGUCAUAUUUGUGAUAAUCCUUGUUUAAGCAUCCAUUUUCUAUCACGAUUCCACACUCCGUUUCCACGUUCCACUGCCUUCCUCGUAUUCACCACAAAUGCUUCCACCUCACACAGUGAACUAUGCUGGACAGACGACACUCAGUCACAGUGUAAAGGGGUCAGCUUGCCAUAUCUCAUGUUAUUUUUUUGGUCCUGAAUACUACGACACAUGAUGGGUUGUUAGUAUCUUUUUUGAUGAAGGCAAGAUGCAUAUUGAUGAGGGUUGGCCCCCAUGCACCAGAACCACAGGACUUAGUAAUGCUCAUAAUUUUUUAUUCCUUUUUUUUUUUUUUCCCUCUUUCUUCCUUUCUUUCAUUCAUUCCUUUAGGCUGCAGUGUUUCUUAAUACGUGAUGUAAGGCUUCGUCUAUUGGUAGCUUGGAUACUAUUUUUAAACUAGUGAAAGUGCUAAGGAAUGUGGUUUGCUUGUUGAGCUGUUCGUCUCCAGCAUAAGUGUAUGUUCACUCAGUGUGUUUUGUACAACCAUGUGCCUCAUUAUUUAGUGUAAUUAGCAGCAUCUCUCACAUGUUGGAAUUCAGAUGGUGCUUGUACCACUGUAGAUAUAAUUAUGGAAGGAAAAAAGGAUAGAUAACUUGCACCAGUGAAAAUGCAAGCUUGAAGCAUCAAGUGCAAGGUGUGAAAUUAGACAUUAAGGAGAAUAAUUACAGUUGAUGACUUCUGUUGCCAAUAAUAACUGGUCUCUUCAGACAAAUAUUUUUUUCUUUCUCUCUUUUUUAAGUAAUUUUUUAAAGAUGUUUCUCUUCAGAGAAAAAAUGGCAACUGUUUAUUUUCCAGACGUGUUUGAAGUUCUCUUUCAUGUGAGAGGAUGCUGCAACCAUCAGUGUUGGUGCCCCUCCUUGCCGUGUGUAGAGUCAGUCAUUUUGGGCCAGGUGUAGAGCUUGCUUCCUAUUGCAUGAUAUUUCCAUGAAUCAUGAAACAUUAGGGCUCAGGGUACCAGAGAUUUGAUUGCCGUCAUGUUUGCAUGAUACGUUGAGGUUUUACCUGUCUGCGAGGUCUCUUCCUUUCUCAAAAGGAGUUAUGAUCUCAGCCAGUUUCCCGGUGGAUCAGAAGGCGUUAUCAUUGUGCAUCAGACUGCCCAAAUCUUGUAUCAAUUGAAGGGCUGCCUAAGAGUUGGAUAUCUGUGUGUUUUUUGGUGUCUAAUUGUGCAAGAUCUGCUAAUCAGCUUUUGGAGGAGUCUGAUCUUGACCCAGCGAGAUUUUUGCAACUCAUUGGAAGGAAUCCCUGUAUUGUAAGGGAGGUCCAGCUUCAGCCCAAAAUAUAUGGAAGAUUAACUUGACUUGUCCUUCAUAUCGUAUGUGUAUUGGCUUGAAGUGUAGAUGCCUUGAGCUGCUCAUGUGUAGUUCUCCCUCCUUCCUGUCAAGCUGGCCUUUUAUACAUGUUUUUUCUUCAUAGGCACAAUACUAUAAAUGGCUCAUUUUUAUCCUGUCUUGGCCCUCUGUAUCUAGGUAGUGUUCAACUCCCCCCCUCCCCCUUUCCCCCCAUUUACCUAACUCUGUGGCAAGCUCGACAGUUUUGCCCUGUUACUUCCACAUUUCCCUAUCCUCAUCUUUUAAGUGAUAGAAAGCAAUACAUCUCUAGUUUUUAGCCUGAAGAGAAAGAAAUAUCUCUAUUAAUGUAGUUUUUUAUCAUCACUGGAGGGUUUCUAGAUUUUUACUUUCAAUCUACCAUUGUGCGGUGCUCCCUAACCUUGCCUAAUAGGUGAAUUUUUUUUCUUUACUUUUUUAGUGUCGUAAUUAUACAUUUUAUGCAUCAAGUUGAAAAUUUGUAUUCCAGAGUGUAUUGUAACUCAAUGAUAUUUCCAUCAUAUCAUGCCCAUAGUCUGCAUCUUUUCUCCUUGUCUCACCAUUCCACAGUAUUCUUCUGGGUUAGUAUGUAAUUCAAAGUCCUGGUGACAUAGCACAAUAUCUGUAAGAAGUUCCCCUAUUAGGCAUAUCAAGGGAGGCCACUGUGUGUAUAAAGUAUUGUAUUUUGGCUUGAUGUUCAAAGCUCACGGUAUUCUACUAUAUAUAUACUACCUCAGCCUUAAACAUGCUAAGCACAAUAUUCGUAAGUUGGACAUAGUUCUUGAUAAUAUCAGAACUUAACAAACAGGUUAAAAGAAAAAAAAGAAAAAAAAAGUUUUACAAAACCAAGUUUUAGUAAUCCCAUGCCAACCCUGGUCACGUUUUUCAAGACAAUGUGCGGUGAUGAGAUGAUACUAAACGACGUGUUUGUAAUGUGUACGUUUCCAAAUAGGAGUAAAAGUCAUAAAGAGGUUUUCAUCCAGAUAUUACCGUAUUCCAUCAUGAAAAACGAGCCUUGUGUGAUUGACCACCUUUGAUCCUGUCAGCAGCAGCAACAUUAUUAUUGUUUUGGUGUUUUUUUAUGAAUAAAAAAAAUUUAUACCCACACACACACACACACACACACACACACACACACACACACACACACACACACACACACACACACACACACACACAAACUUAUAUAUAUGUAUACAAAUCCCAAAAACAAAAAUAUUGAAACAUGUUCAAAGUCCUUCACUGUACCCAUUGCUGCUGAUAGAGACGUGGAAGCUGUGGCCAUGAGUUGAAGUACAGGCAGACAGCAGUGACACAAGACAGCAAACAAUCUAUUUUUGUGCAAAUUUCCAUUCUGAUCACUAAGUGGAUAUGUAUAGAAGAUAAACAGCUGUUGCGUAGAGCUAAUGGGUUGUGCCUCAAUGCAGUAACUCCACUUUGCUUGUCCUGCAGUCCACCUAUAGUGCUCCAUUCAUGUCCCAUGCUCUGCUUGCGUGCUAUCUAUGGGUGGAUUCCUGAAAGUUGUGGUGUGGUCUGUGUGAUGUGGCGGCCAGCUGCUGUCUACCUUUGCGGUGUUCUUUUGUGGUCCAUUUUUUAGCUGGGAUGUUCAAUAAUUAUUUACGUCUGAUGCAUUUCCUGCCUGUGCGUUAAAUGUUAACCCUUAGAUUAACACAAAUCCAUUUCUAGUGUGACAUUUUUAUAUAUAUAUCUAUAUAUAUAUCUAUUCUUUUCUUAUAGUUUUUUCAUAGACAGGUAGUAUUUCCCUUUUUUUUUUUCUUUUCUUUUUUUCCUAAAGUGGAAUAUACUUGUAUAUGUAAGAAACUUAUUGUGUAUAAAGCAUAGUUAUGCUGCCUCCUCUUUAACUUGGUUGGAAUGGCACACAUGCCGCCACUCACACAAGACCCCGGGCCCUAUGUUACCUGCCUACAAAUGUCUCCUCAAGUUAGCAGGGGCAGAAUUCUUUAUAACACCCUAGAGCAUCAGUUGAAUAGAAAUUCCUUACGCACUUUCAACCCUGCGUUUUUUCCCCUCCUGUCUGCUGUCACGCCAGCCUCUCUUCUCAUCUUAGACUUGUCCAUACCAGGAGGAUGCUCAAGAUAAAGUUAGCCCCUUGAUUGUGUUCAACCCUCAAGUGGUGACAAAGAAUUCUGAAUUAGCAUUAAGUCAUGGUAUAAACCCUGUGUAAGGAGAUUUUUUUCAACAUAACAAUAAUUACCAUGUUCAUAUAUAUUUUUUUAAGGGUGAGUCUUUGGUUUUUAGUGGUUCUUCUCAGGAAACAUUUAUUAAGAAUUCUCCAUACAUUUUCAGCAAAUGGGUUAUAAGUUACAGA